AUGGUCGGGGUAAUUACGAGCAGUCGUUGUGACCACUGCCGCAAACGCAAGAAAAAGUGCGAUGAGAAACGACCCGCUUGUACGCGAUGCAUUCAAGCAGGAUUGAUAUGUUCUGGUUUCAUCACCCGCUGGAAGUUUGUGGAUGAGGCGGCUCGCGUGGCUGGCCAAUACGUGGGCCGACAGUUUGUAUUUGAUACCGUGGACGAAGGCCUGGAAUCCAUCUUUGAGAAAUACGAAGACGAGAAGUUCCAGACGGAUGGAACACUGGUAGUGCAUGAAAAUGCCUUCUUUACUACGCUUAGCAAGCGACACUUCUCAAGGGCUCGAUCGUGGAUUCCGCGGUAUCUCGAGUUCAAUAAACUUGCAUCCGAGUUUGUGUUUUGUCUCGAGGCAAAUAACACUGGUGUGCUGAUGCCGCUGCGUCUGAUUGGUGCUUUCUUAGAAUACGUUCCCGGUCGAUUAGGUCAGAAUAUGGCGCUUGACGAUGCAAUAGCCUGCAUUUGUGCUAUUUAUCAUCCCGACGAUUCAAUGCCUUUGACGGAUAGCAAGAAAGUCCGACAAAGCUACACUAAAGCAAUUCGGUCUGUAAGAACCCAUCUUGCUCAUCCGAUUAUGAGCAAGGACGCUCAUGUGCUAUGCGCCUCUAUCUUACUUCAAUUCUUUGAGCUUGCUGUUAACGAGGGGCGAGGAAACUGGCUCCAGCUUGCUCGCGGUAAUUCUAACCUAAUACAUUCAAGAGGAAUUGAAGGCUACAACACAACGUUCGAGCUUUUGAUGUUUCAUUCUCAGCUCACUUAUGUGCUCGCUCAGUCAAUGAGCGCCAAUCAAUUCUGCUUCCUUACCAAACCCGACUGGUGGGCGCUCAUCAGAAAAUGCCCAGAUUGGCCCGAGAGCGUCUGCUCUCGUUCAUACACGUUGCGAUCAGAACUAUGUAUCCAUAUGGCUAACAUGUUCGGGAUCAUGGUUGCCUACCGAUCAAUGAACGAUGAUGGCAAUCCGUCUAAUCAUUCGAGCGCCUUGGCAAAAAGUGCUAUAGAACUCCUAAGUAAUGUCAAGAAAUGGCGCCAACAGAGCAUUGUCCCUAUGACAACCAAGGCACUCGAGCCGCAUAUCUCGAACUCACGGCCCGAGCAUCAAUAUCCAAACAUAUUAUAUGGUAUAAUUGAUAGUGUUAUAAGCACAUCAAUCUCCUGCCUGCGACGGAUUCUUCGCUCGCUAUGCGCUUCCGAUUUGAAAUACCCUAUCACGUUCGAAGAACGACAUGAGAUCUUGAGCAUUGUUAGCAAUCUCGGAGAGGAUGACGAGUGGGAGGAGAUCGCGGGUGAAGCGUAUGAACGUGUGAAGGCCAUGUCGGUUAUGGCUUCGAAACCACUCGAGUUCGGCAACCAACAAUUUCAAGUCGUGGCUAAGACUCUGGAUGUGGAUAUUGAACAGUACCAGAUCGUGGCUGAUGAACAUAUCAUGAUACUUGCGGGGCUUCAAUAA